AUGCCUUUUAAAUAUUGGUCAAAUAUCGAAACAUGCUGCGUAUGCAUUAAAAGUUUAAAAACAGCUGCAGCCAUUAUUGCUACCCUUGCCCUUGUUUCGAAUCCACUGUUAUCAUGGUUAAUGAUCCGGCAUUCGUACGUGUUGCGCGUGGCGUGCCUCCUCUCCGGGGCCAGUCGGAUGGAUGUCGUGAGCGUUAACAUCAAUAACGUGAUUAGCUUCGGAUUUGGCGUGAACGCUGAUUUAGGGAUUUCUUGUCUAACGCAAAGUCAGGAUGAAGGAGGAGUUUUGAACCAAGUUAUUAAGGCACUGGGAUGGAUCGUAGUGAUUUCUGACGUUGCCUUUUUGAUCACAAGUACGUUACUACUGAUGAGGAUUUAUCGGAAUCCUACGCGUCGAGUGGCCAAAGCUUUUAUCAUCAGUGGAUUAAUAGCCUUGGUUCUCUCGAGUAUCUAUGGGAUAAUGUAUGUCGUAGUCUGCGCCUUUCGUGGAAAAGGCAUCGCCCUUUGUCAGCUAGUUUUAACGUUUAUCGACCUAGGAUUUUAUGGUUUUGUCAGAGCAGCUGAACGGCGAGCUGCCGGCGCGGAGGCGAGCGACGUAGUGCGGCGAGCGCGGCGCGACUGGGCGGGCGGCCCGCGGCCCGGGACGACUGCUUGGAUUAAGCGCGCGCCGCCUGACGCUAGGGCUGACACUGCUGUGACACUGCGCCGUGUAGGGCCAUAG